GUCAUUGUUUUAGGGGCGUAACCCGGAAAUCUUCGUCAUUUGAUCGGUCAACACGCUGCCGGUGCAUGAAGCGACUCAUCCUCCCUGAGGUGUGUGUGUUAUGAAGUGUGUAUGUUAUGAAGUGUGAGUUUCAUGAAGAGUGUGUGUAGCGUCGCUGUUGAUCUGAUCAGACCCGGAGCUGCUCCUCGUUCAGCCGCAGCUCGUCGCCUCGGAGCGGACAUGUGUAAAGAGCUGAGGACCAAAGUGCUGCGGUUCCUGCCGCCGACCCCCAGCGGGCCCACGGUUCACCAGGAUCAGGCAGAUGGUGCUGACAUCCUGAGGUGCACGGCGGAGGCCCUGAAGGAGGGUCACGUGGUCGGCGUGCCCACAGACACCAUCUAUGGUCUGGCGUGUCUGGCUCAAAACUCCGACGCUGUCCGAAAAACGUACGACGUCAAGGGGAGGAACGGACACAAGCCGCUGGCCAUCUGCGUGGGAGAAAUUCAGGAUAUCUACAAGUACUGUAAGGUGAACGUGAAGGAGGAGCUGUUAGGUGACCUGCUGCCUGGUCCCGUCACUCUGGUGUUUGAAAGAUCGGACCUACUCAACACGGACCUCAACCCCUUCACCUCACUUGUUGGCGUGCGUAUCCCAGACCACUCCUUCAUGAGGCGUCUCUGCCAGAUGUGUGGGGAACCACUGGCGCUCACCAGUGCCAACAUCAGCGCACACAGCAGCACUCUGGAAGUACAGGAGUUCCAGGAGCUUUGGCCCAAGCUCGCGGUGGUGGUUGAUGGUGGACCAAUCACAGACCAGAGCCGCCUGGGAUCAACGGUGGUCGACCUGUCGGUGCUCGGCAAAUAUCACAUCAUCAGGCCUGGCUGCGCCCUCUCUUCUACGCUUGAUGUGCUGGAGCGCAAACACGGACUGUCAGCGGACUCGGACAAAUGACCUUUGAACUCUCAACACUCCACAACACGGGCUGAGACGCACAAUUAGCUCUGACCUCGGGGCUCUCUCGGAAAAGAAGAAAUCCCUUUUCUAUUUUUGUGUUCACAUAGAAGAAAGAGAGACUAAUACUCAGGAACGAGUCGAGUCUUAAACGACCGAUGGGUGAAGUUGUUCUGGUGGCGGCUUUAACGUCUGGGGUCUUUGUUUUGAUGCUUUACCAUGUGUCGACUAUCACAUUAUGUGUCUAAGUUAUCAAUCUUUUAUUUUGAAAAAUACAGGUCAGCUACUUUUGGGGAUUUCUAUGCAUAAAUGUACAAUUUCAUCUUUUUGUACUGUCAUAGCAACGUGGCAUCACUGAGAAUACAGGUGUUUGAGUCAAUAUUAUAUAUUUAUUUUGUAUUGUUUUACAAUUUACAUCAGUAUGAUAAAAGCCUAAAAGGACAGAAUCCUUCUUAUAAUAAAAAUUGUUUCAAGUAUAACAUUUCGGCCCAUCCACUAAAAUUGAGGAGGUGUUGUUUAGGACCUAUAUUGCAACCAGCCACCGGGGGGCGAUGAAGGGGCUUCGGCUUCACUUCUGGGAGCUGUCAUGUCGUCCAUCUUCAUUUACAGUGUGGAUUUGACGGGCGCCCAACAUGUUGCCUGGAUGAAUCUUGUUGACAAGAUAAACAGAUGGUUAUUUAAAAUGCACUAACUAUGCAUCAAAGUUUAAUGAUUCCAGAACUGUUUUUUUAAAUAACUUAUGAAUCCCAUGUUUACAAUUGGUCGCCAGCUACGGUCACAGUAACUGUUUUCAUGUUGUAGCUUAAAGUACAAGUCUGAAACUGCUGCUGUAACACAUCAGUCGUGCUGUUGAACACACGGAGCCAGUGAAUGUACAGUAGGACAUUCAUCCGCCCACGUGCAUGUUUAAAAACAAGGAUCUUUUAGUUUAUCACUGUGUGUUGAUUGAUGAAAGUGCCACAAUAAAUUCUCAGUUUUCCAUA